AUGUUCACAUCAUUCAGGACGAAAAUGAGGUUAGGACAGUCACUGGCGACAGAAAAUGACGUUAACAACACUUACGAAUUCGCAGUCGAAGCAAGAGCAGCUGAACCUCUGAAGAUUGUUCCAUACUACAUGGUCAGACAUGCUCUGUCAAGCGAAUUUGCCAGGGUAUGUCGGCAGCCCAUAGAUGGCAUGUACGUGGUACCAAGUGCAGAAGACCAGUUCAGAUGGUUUGGCCUCUUAUUCGUUCGACGAGGUGUUUUUGGUGGUGGUAUUUUCCGAUUCAACGUGAGAAUACCGCAUGAUUUCCCAAACACAACCUCUCUCCCGGGUGGAUGUCACGUGAAAAAUCCACCCGUCUUCAAGUCAACAUCAUUAGUCGGUUUUCCAACGAUUUUCCAGCUAUUCUGUUAUUAG